AUGGCACCAGCAACUAAUUCAGGCACUACGCAUGCUAGAUCAAGGUCAAAAGCCAAACCUGUCAUCAACUUAGAUGAUGGUGACAAUGUUAGGACUGCUAAGCGUCUUACAUGGGCAUCAGAUGAGGACUUGCGGUUGGUGAGUGCAUGGCUGUACCACUCUAAUGAUCCGAUCAAUGGAAAUGGCAAGAAGAAUGAGAGCUACCGGGGAGAUGUAGUUGAAUUAUACAACAACACUACACCUAUUAACCGGAAAAGGGAAGUAAAGCAUCUCAAAGAUCAAUGGCAAAGGAUUAAGAGAUGGGUGGGAUUUUUCUGCGCCUCCUGGAAGAAGGCUGCAUUAGUUUAUACUAGUGGAUAUUCAGAUGAUCAGUUGAGAGACUUUGCUAAUCAGUUUUAUGUGAAUGACUAUCCUAACGAAGGUCCAUUCACAGUUUUGCACUAUUGGAAGGUUCUUCAUGAUGAACCCAAGUGGCAUGCUGUUUUGGAGGAGCUUGAAAAGCCACACAAGCGGAGCUUGGAUGAUGGAAGUGACACACUAUCACAAAAAGAUAUCGGAGAAAAGGAGCGUCCAAUGGGGAGGAAUGAAGCUAAGAAACAACGCAAUGGCAAAGGCAAAGGUAAAGGCAAGGAUGAUGAUGACAGUUUACAUGAAGAUAUGAAGAAGUACAUGGAUGUUCAAGCUGCAGCUAGCAAACGACAUGAAGAGUUUUUAGGGACUCAGCACCGUAUUUCAGAUGCAAAAGUUGAAGUAGCAAGGCUUAGGAGAGAGGCUGUCUUGACGGAAUCAUAUCAAAAAUUGAUGAGCAUGGACACUAGUCAAAUGACUAAUGAGAUGAAAGCUGAGCACGUGAUGGGUCUCAAGAUGUUGAGGGAGAAACUUCUUGGCGAUAUAAUAUAA